UUUUUUUUAUUGUGGAACCAUCAUGAUAGAAAACCAGCUUACUCUGGGCCCUGUUCCCAGUUCCAUUACUGCCAGCAGGGGGCGCACGGGCCACAGGCGCUGGAACUAGCUUCUGGACCAUUUCCCCUUGGGACUUUAUCGUGAGAAGGGAAAAUGAGCGAGUCGAGCUCGAAGUCCAGCCAGCCCUUGGCCUCCAAGCAGGAAAAGGAGGGCACUGAGAAGCGGGGCCGGGGCAGGCCGCGCAAGCAGCCUCCGAUGAGUCCUGGGACAGCGCUUGUAGGGAGUCAGAAGGAGCCCAGCGAAGUGCCAACACCUAAGAGACCUCGGGGCCGACCAAAGGGAAGCAAAAACAAGAGUGCCGCCAAGACCCGGAAAACCACCAUAACUCCAGGAAGGAAACCAAGGGGCAGACCCAAAAAACUGGAGAAGUAGGAAGAGGAGGGCAUCUCGCAAGAGUCCUCGGAGGAGGAGCAGCUUCCUUCUGGGACUGGACAGCUUUGCUCCGCUCCCACCGCCCUCGCCCCUUCCGCAGGCCCACCAUCACCACCGCCUCUGGCCG